UUUGUAGUCACAAUAAUACAUGUAUUGUCAAAAGUUUGAUAAUAUUUUUCUGUGCAACAUGGCCUUUGUUUGGAAGCAGUUCACUCGUACCUCACCUUCUUUGUUACGGCAAAGCCUUUUGUCGACCGCCUCUCGCUGCCAUAGUACUGAACGCCCGGUGAAUCCUGGAGAUGGAUUCGUUGGGAAAGAUUUCUUGACGCUGCGAGACUUCAGCGCCACAGAUAUUCGCCACCUGUUGUGGGUUGCUCAGGACUUGAAAACCAGAAUUAAAAUCCAGAAAGAGCGGAUAACUCCUUUGUCCGGCAAAUCAGCUGCACUGAUCUUCCAGAAGAGAAGUACUCGUACGCGGACCUCGUCUGAGACAGGCUUUGCUUUGCUUGGUGGCCAUCCCGCCUUUCUCAGUGCUAGCGAUGUGCAUCUGGGUGUCAGUGAGACCAUUCAUGACACAGCCAAGGUACUGUCAGGACUUGUGGAUCUGAUUCUGCUGCGCUGCGACAAACAUGAAGAAGUGGAAGAGCUAGCCAAACAUGCCUCUGUACCUGUUGUAAAUGGCCUUUCCGAGACAUUCCAUCCACUGCAGACGUUGGCUGACAUCUUAACCAUGAAGGAACACUUUGCUUCACGGUACGCCAGUCUGGACGGCCUGAAUGUUGCCUGGGUGGGAGACGGCAACAACAUCAUCCACUCGUUGCUCAUGGGAUGUUUGCCGCUCGGUAUCAAUAUGAGAGUUGCAACACCUAAGGGCUAUGAGCUGUUUCCCAAUGUUGCCGCGUAUGCCGACUUGCUAGCUAACAAGCACUCUACUGAGUUCCUAGUUACCAAUGAUCCACUCGAGGCAGUGCGUGGUGCAAACGUCAUCGUGACGGACACCUGGAUUAGCAUGGGACAGGAAGAAGAGAAGGCUGCACGUCUCAAAGCCUUUGAAGGAUACCAAGUCACGUCUAAGAUGUGUGAAGAAGCAGCAUCUGACUGGGUCUUUCUACACUGUCUGCCGAGGAAACAAGAGGAGGUCGCCGAUGAAGUGUUUUUCUCGCCUAGGUCUCUGGUCUACCAAGAAGCGGAGAACAGGAAAUGGACAGUGAUGGCGGUUAUGCUGUCCCUGCUUGGUCAGCAUACACCCACAACGGAGCAGCCAAGGUUUUGAAUCAUGGUCCAUCCAGCCCGACGCCAUCGCUGCUGAAACUUCCAGCAGCCUAUGUUAUUUACGAGUACACCAGCCCAUGUGUACCAGCACACAAUCCACACAUGCACAUUAUUCUGUUCAGCCCUGCAUGGUAAUGGACCGUGUUGAGCAUGGUCGGACUAUACACAACCACACGUAUUGCACUCAGCACUAGUAUUUAUGUUUGUUACAGAGAUCUGCUACCAUCUUACUGUGCACUUCUAUAAUUGUGUUUUACCAUUCACUGCUAGGGAGGUUCAUAAUCCUGUUCAUAAAAACUAAUUCUCUUAGAAAGCCUGCACGCAGAACAGUCAUAGUUAGGUACUCUUCUGAAAGCCGUGCAUACAGCCGUGCAUUUCACAGCCUAACUUAUUGACUGGUGUUAAUUGUCCACGGUGCUGCGAAA